AAACCCGUUGGCCUUUAUCCACACAUUCUACAAUACCCUCCCUCCCUCACACGCACAGACUCUCUCUCUCUCUCUCUCUCUCUCUAGAAAUGGAUUUGUUUCCAACUCCUGUCGACUCAAGCUGGUGGAUGUUUGCACUCCCUGCUAUGUUACAAACCCAAAAAUUGUCAGACCCUCUAAUCUUGCUCUUUGUCUUAGCAUCAUUCUUGGUCAUUACCGUGCUAACUUGGGCUUCCUCAACUGGUGGCCUAGCCUGGAAAAAUGGCAGAAACCAAAAGGGUAAUGUCCCAAUCCCAGGUCCACGAGGCCUGCCCUUAUUUGGAAGCUUAUUCAGCUUAAGCCGCGGCUUGGCCCAUCGCACCCUCGCUUGCAUGGCGUCAAGCCAAGCCGCAACUCAGCUCAUGGCUUUUAGCUUAGGUUCCACUCCUGCCAUUGUAACCUCCGACCCUCAAAUCGCUCGUGAAAUCUUGACAUCUCCUCACUUCGCUGACCGUCCCAUCAAGCUAUCGGCUAAAAGCAUCAUGUUUAGCCGAGCCAUUGGUUUUGCACCAAACGGGGCUUAUUGGCGCCUCCUUAGAAGAAUUGCAUCAGCUCAUUUAUUUGCACCGAGGCGCAUCGCUGCUUAUGAGCCAUGGCGCCAGCUUGAUUGUGCUAAUAUGUUGAGUGGCAUUUAUAAUGAGCAAUCCCUCCGUGGAAUUGUUUGUUUGCGUAAACAUCUUCAAAAUGCUUCUAUUAAUAACAUUAUGGGUACUGUUUUUGGAAAAAGAUAUGACUUAAUGCACAAUAAUGAGGAGGCAAAAGAAUUGCAAGAACUUGUUAGAGAAGGUUUUGAGCUCUUGGGUGCUUUUAACUGGUCUGAUUAUCUCCCGUGGCUGAACUACUUUUAUGACCCUUCUCGCAUCAAACAACGUUGUUGUCUUCUUGUUCCUCGAGUCAAGAAACUCGUUAAUAAAAUCAUUGACGAGCAUAGAAUUACGAAGCCUAAAAAUGAAUUUGAAAACGCUGAUUUCGUCCAUGUUUUGCUUUCUUUGGAGGGUGAAGAGAAACUUGAUGAGGAUGACAUGGUUGCUGUUUUAUGGGAGAUGAUCUUUCGUGGCACCGAUACCACCGCUCUUUUGACUGAGUGGAUCAUGGCAGAGUUGGUUUUGAACCCUGAGAUUCAAGCCAAGCUGCGGAACGAGCUGAACUUUAUCGUUGGAAACAGGAGUGUCAAGGAUGCUGACGUAGCUAAAUUGCCAUACCUACAGGCUGUGAUCAAGGAAACCUUACGAGUACAUCCUCCUGGGCCCCUCCUCUCAUGGGCUCGGUUGUCCACAUCAGAAGUCCACCUCAGUAAUGGCAUGGUGGUCCCCACCAACACCACUGCAAUGGUCAAUAUGUGGGCCAUAACCCAUGACCCAAGAGUAUGGGAGGAUGCCUUGGUGUUUAAGCCUGAGAGGUUCUUGGAGAGACAAGGUGGUACUGAUGUGGAUGUAAGAGGAGGUGACCUCAGACUUGCACCAUUUGGGGCUGGACGUAGGGUUUGUCCUGGUAAGAACAUGGGACUUGUGACAGUGAGCCUUUGGGUGGCUAAGUUGGUGCGCCAUUUUGAGUGGGUCCAGGACACGCAUCACCCAGUUGACCUAAGCGAAGUGCUGAGACUUUCAUGUGAAAUGAAGAAGCCUCUCUCCGCCGUGGCUAUUCCAAAAGAAUGAUGUUCAACUUUCCUAGAAUUUGGGUCUGAUCUGAGGACUUGAAUUUAUAAUUUUCAGUGAUUUAAUAUGUUUUUUUUUUUCGUGUCCACGGAUCCUGAAACAUAUAUGUGGUUAAAUUAAGAAUAAAGGUAAUUAAAGGGUGAUGUGAAGGUGACUGUAUAAUUACGAAAUUGGGUUUAUGUAAAAAUUGAAGGGUGCGUGA